AUGGAAAUUCCGGCUGCUUCCGCAGCUGCAGACACCCCUGGACGUCCCCGACAGAACGCUGUUGAAAAGAUAAGGCAAAAGGCUGCCAGGCUGCGCAAGGAAAUGGAUGGCAUGACAGUGAGGCCCACGGCGGGCAAGGGGGACAUGGCUGAGAUAGUCCAAAAGGAAGAGACAGGUGCUUUUCGACCAAAGGGGGCAAGGAGAAACUCUGUAUUUUCUGCCUCUGCCUCCCAGACCGUGAACACCAGGGCAUUGCGCAAGAGCGCCACUGUUGGUGCCGGCUCGAGGUCUUCAUCUGGAGAUUUGCCAACGCCAGACCCGACGUCACGCGGCGGUAACACCAAAGGUCACUGUUUUCGUUCCCCGUUCUGCAGUGCUGUCAAGGAUGUGAACAUGACAGUGCUCAUGCAGUAA